GCUUGGAUCACUCUUGUGGGGGACGGCAAGCCGACUUGGGUGCCGACAGGUAUAGAAGCUUUCAUAGUUCUUCUUGUUGCGCAAAAUCUAUCAAGGCUACCCUUUCCCACAUGUCCAUACCGAGCAUUCGUACGUCCUUGUUACUCGGACCCUGUGCUGUAUCAAAAUCGAUCUUGGAAGCUGCCGGAGCACUGACAAAUAGGAGCAAGACAAGCCGUAUCACAACAAUGUCCGCCAACGGCGCGAAUGGUGUCAAUGGCACACGCUCACACCAUGAUUUCUCUUCACUCAAGGUCAAUCAGUCACGGCUGAUGGACGCUAUCCAUACCGGCUGCAAAUAUGGCGCAGCGCAUCGAUAUGGAGAGUAUGUCUUGCAUCCAGGCAUUUUCCCAGCACUCACUAAAUACUAGCAGCCAUCCCACUGAAACCGGCAUGGCCCGACUCAGUUUGAACGACGCGGACAAACAAGUCCGUGACUGGUUCAUCUCGACCGCCGAGAAGUUGAAUUGCAAAACCAGCGUUGACCAGAUGGGCAACCUCUUCGCUGUGCGGCCGGGCAAGAACUCGACAGCACCGCCGAUCAUGAUGGGUUCGCAUCUCGACACGCAGCCUACGGGUGGACGGUACGACGGGAUUCUAGGCGUCAAUUCUGGUCUUGAAGUCCUUAAGGUCUUGCACGAGAACAACGUCGAAACCGAGGGGAGUAUCGGCGUCGUAAAUUGGACCAACGAAGAAGGCGCAAGAUUCCCCAUGAUGGCUGUAGCAUCAGGUGUCUGGGCUGAAGCCGUACCACUGGAGACGGCGUGGAAUCUGGCAGAGGUCUCACCAUCGGGAGAGGAUGGAGAGAAACGGACGAUGAAGCAAGAGCUCGAGAGGAUCGGGUAUCUGGGUGAACAGCCCGCGUCGUACAAAGCUUUCCCAAUGGCCUGUCACUUUGAAGUGCAUAUCGAGCAGGGCCCGAGUCUUGAGAUUGAGAAGCGGAGGGUUGGCGUGGUCAAAGGCGUGCAAGCAUUCAAAUGGUUCGAAAUCACGGUGAAGGGGCGGGACACUCAUGCUGGAACAACACCGUUCCACGCUCGAAUGGAUUCCAUGCUCUGUGCAGCAAAACUGAUUGUCGAGUCGAAUAAGAUUGCCAAAGAGCAUGGUGGUCUCUCGACAACGGGCAUCGUGAAUGGCCAGCCUGGUUCGAUCAAUACCAUGGCUCACACGGUCACUUUCACCCUCGAUGUCCGGCAUACCCAAGAUGAGAAGCUCGCCGAGAUCGAGAAGGCAUGUCGAGCCUCAUUUUCGAGAAUUGCAGAGAAGGAGAGUGAAAAGGGUUGUAAAGUCGAAUGGAAGGAGUUGGUCGACAGUCCAGCGGUAAACUUCCAUCCUGACUGUAUUGCCGCUGUUGAGGCCAGCGCAAAGGAGAUUGUGCAGGACUUACCCAUGACGGCGGACGAUGGACAGCUUUGGAGAUAUAUGAUCAGUGGCGCUGGCCAUGACAGCUGCUAUACGAACCGCCGUUGUCCGACAAGUAUGAUCUUUACGCCGACAAAAGACGGCAUUAGCCACAACCCUCAAGAGUAUUGCAGCCCUGAGGAUUGUGCCAUUGGCGCGCAAGUCCUGCUAGGGGCGGUGUUGAGAUAUGACAAGAUGCGUGCCGAAAGGGGCGACCUUGCUUGAAGCCUACCCUGGGUUUGUAUGUCGAACCAAAGACUUUGACGGAGCAGCGAUAUGCGGAGCAGUUUCCUUGAAAGCAAGCUUCUGGGUGUCACUUCGAGCAAUGGAAUCAUAGCGAGGGACGCUGACCUCGCGUUUGGACAUUCAACGUUGCAUCGAGGAUACUUCAAGACCAACGAAAAGAUAUUGUGACAGAGGACAGCACCCUGACUUUGGUAGCCAGCAAAAGAAACCGAGUUCCGCAUCACUAUGCUGAGCACUGAAAGUACUCCCAGCAGUCAUUAGUGGCACUGGCUCGAAAGAUGCUGCGUUGUACGAAAUGUCUUCUCUGCGACCCUUGGAACUGUUCUGUAUCACCAUCAUUCAUUCCUUUGCUCAUUCAGUGGAUAUGCUCAAGCAGCGACAGGAGGUUUCUCCUUUGUCUCCUGAGGCUGCAUGGGCUUUGCAGGUACAAUAUUAUGCUCUGACCUCUUUCCA